UGAUUAUUCUGUCGUCAACCGUUUCCUUAAAACACAUUCUCUCCUUGUUUCCGCAGAAAGUAGAAAAACCCUCUCGAACACGAACAAUUUCUUAGAGCGAAUCAAUCAAUCGAUGGUUUGGGGUCUCUUUCCCGUUGAUCCUCUCUCAGGUGAAGAUAAAUACUAUAUCUUUUCUAAAGGGACUUACAAGAUUGGUCGCAAAGGAUGUGACAUCAUUAUCAAUAAGGAUAAGGGAGUGUCUAGGAUCCACGCAGAGUUAACUUUCGACGCAACACCUGCUUCAACCUCUCGUAGGAAUAUAUCUCCCGGCACCUCAUUUGUUAUCCGUGUCAAAGAUUGUUCAAAGUAUGGUACUUUUAUCAAAACUGACCCCGGGACAAAAGACAAAGUCCAUGAGCUGCCUAACAAGGAGAGGAUUCUCAGUGAUGGAGAUGUUAUCACCUUUGGUACUGGUGCAGCUACUUACAGGUUGUCUUUGAUUCCGCUGGUGUUUUACUUAUGUCCUUCCUCUGAGACCUUUAAGGUGGAUCGGUUGGUACAAGAUGCUGUUUCAUCAAUUGGUGCUCGUAUUGCUCCUACCUUGAGUGAGGAGUGCACACAUGUUCUUGUUGAGCCGCGUAUGCAAGUGAAUGAAGCUCUACUCAAUGCAGUUUUAUCCCAAAAACCCAUCAUUUUGACGAAUUGGGCUAAGCUUCUUGCAGAGAAAAGUAUCCUCAGCGAGUUUCCUGGAAACAGUCAGUACAGACCAUCAGUGAUGGUGGAAGAAGCUUUGGUGGAUGUAAUGGAACCAAACAUCCGUGAAAAAUGUCUAGAAGGAUUCACCUUUGUGUUGGAAUCAACAGACAUGUACAGAUUUGGGAGCAGCUUCCCGUCUUUACUCAAACUAUGUGGCGCAGAGACUGUUGCCAUAUCAGAGAUUAGCUCCAUGAGUCAGGAUUCUCAGUAUGGAGAAGCUAAUCGGAUGGUAUGUGUCAUCCCAAUAAGCUCAGGAGACAAGUUUGCCCGUUUGAAGCAUCUCAGUCUGUUAUCUAGAGUUAACGAAAUGGACUUAAUAAGCGCUGUCUUGUCUGGAAAUCUACCUUCGACUUCGUUGAUACCACCUUCUGUUGUGAUUUCAUCAUCGUGCUCUACGGAUGAGACAGUGGUAGCAGACUCUGAUGUCGAAGAGGAAGAAACAACAUCGUCAGUUCGUAUGGUCGAUGCCACCGAGAAGGCAGAAACACCAGAGGAGCCUGCUGCUGCUAUAGUGAUAGAAGAGAGUCCGGUUACAGUAGUGGAAGAAACUAUGAAUUUGAACGAGUUCAAAAGCGUGAACUUAUCGGCAGAUACCGAAAUGAAAGACUACAGUGAUGUGACGACAAUGAGAAGGGAUCGUAACGAUGAGCCUGAGUGUGGCAACUCGGAGGUUAUCUACACUCAACAUCUCAUUGUUAGGGAUUUGCUGUCAAUAAGAAAUGUCCGGUCUACAGGAGUGGAAGGAGUUGUUGACUUCAAACGAUUCAGAAAGGGGAAUGUUAUAUCAGGAAACAGCUUCAGUAGUCUAAUACCUUUCGCCAAGGAUCCAUACAAAGAGUACGAUGCUGGUGAAGGGACAGACUUUAUGAAAGAAGAGAAGAAGAGGAAGCAGAGGGAAGCCGUUGCAGAGGACUUGUUUCACAAUGAAAAGGCUAGAAAGCGUGGAACUGCUGGUUCCAUCCACGGGUUGCUCAGUCGAGGUUGAGGUUUCAAGGUGAAUAUGCCGGUCUAUGGCAUAAGCGGGUGAAGCCGUGGCUUAGGACAUAUUUUAGUUUUUUUUUUUGCUUUUUACAAAUAAUUAAUUAAGGUUUGUAAGGUUUUUCCUAGCUAAAAUAAUACUUGUGGGAAUAACUAAUCAGAAUAACAUUUGUCGGAUCCUUUAGCAAUAUUUAUAAACUUGUAUUAACAAAUAUAUUUGUUUUUC